AUGGCCACUGGCGGAGGUUUGCGUUUCAAUCCUCGGAGCAACCAGGAGCCCGAGCUGACAAAGCAAGGUUUCUUGGUGUAUAGUGGAUCCGUUUCGGACUACCAUGAGUGGGAAUUUCGGGCGAUGGCGAAGUACCACGCUACGAAGGCGGAUGAAAGGUUUACACUUGGUGCAAAAUUGCUGGAGUCCCUUCGAGGGGACGCUUACAUUGUUGCCCAGGACUUGGGGCACGAUGUACUGAAGAGCGCCGACGCGAUCACGCAGAUCAUCGACGCUGUGCGUAAGGUGAUUUUUCCUUUGCAGGCCCAAGAGGCAAAGGAACUUUACCGAGUCGGGGCCAGCGUUGGUGGUGUGAUGUCAAGACAAGCGGGAGAGUCGAUGACCUCCUAUAUCGGGCGAAGAAAGAGAUGGUACAGGAAGUUGAAGGAGUUGGACAAGACGAUAGAAAUAUCCGAUACCAUCCUUGGAGAUCUUUUACUCGACAACUCUGGAUUAGAUCGCAAAGAGCGACUAAUGGUACUUACAGCUGUCGGGGAAACGUCUUCUUUUGAUGCGAUCGAGAAAGCCCUCAUUACUCAACAUGGGAAAUUGCAUGUUCUGGAGUCCCGAAGUUCGGGCAAGGGUGCAAGCAACUACAACCGCCCCAGAGGCAUGGCCUACAAGGGAACAAAGAGUUCUGGCAAAGGAAAGGCGAAUGCUCAGAAUCACCAUGGGGCAGCCUAUCUGGCAGAGCCUGAGGACCUCUUCGACUCCUACGACGCCGGGGAAUCCUUUUGGGAUCCCGAGGCAGAGGAAGAAGAGCUGGUACCUGAUGAUCAGGACAGUUCAGCCUUCAUGGCUGAUUCCCUUGGAGAGGCAACAGCCGAGAAGAUAGAGCUGGAUGUUGUGGAAGCAUUCCUUUCGACACCAGACUUUAGUCUGGAUGAUGAUGAGUGUAUUGCUUUCCUUGCUUCAGCUUGUCAGGCUGAGGUUUGUGCUUUCUUUGCUCGCUCCAAAGCGAAAGGCAAAGGAAAGCCGAUGGGAAAGCAUGCCCACGGCUACAGGCCCAAGCCCAGCGGUUUGAGUAUUGAAGACCGCAAAGCGAAGCUCAAGGAGAUCAAGGCACGUAGCGUUUGUCGCACGUGCGGGAAGAAAGGGCAUUGGGCUGGUGACCGAGAUUGCAAAGGCAAGCCAUCUUCAGGAGGCAGCAGCACGCAAGGCACCAAGGAUAGAACUGCGCAUUUCUCCGCGAUCUUGACAAAAGACGCGUCCGUGCAGACCUCGUUUUGUUGCUCAUCUUCGGAGAGCGAAGGGUCAGAGGUACUGCAUAAGCCUCAGAUGUUUCUGGCGCUGGAUGACGACCACGAGCAUCCCGAGGGUUACCCGGGCUUCUUCAACCCCGGAGACUUUGCGGAGGAAGAAGAAGAGCUCGAAGAAGCAGAUGGGUCGUUUGAGUUGCUAGAAGCACCGCCUGAGGGUUCGGACACCGUUUUUGGGUUCGGAGUUCACCGAGGUUCCACCUUCGGGGAUGUCGUUUUGAGACACCCUGACUAUUUCACGUGGGGCAUCAAGGAAAAGAACCCCAGCCGAACGCUGGAGGAGUUCCUUGUGUGGUGUAACAUGUACUACGUGUUCCCACGUGGAAAGGCCGAAAGAAGGAAAUACCCUCUUUCAGGUUAUGAGGCGCGAGACCUCGAGUCUGUUAAGGCCUGGAUGCUGUCACAAGGCAUCGGUGGAAAGGUGAACAAGUCAAAGCUCGCCAACCUGAAGCCGGAUCCUCGUGGACCGUGCCAAGGCGGAUGCCCGGCUCAUGCCAUUAGUAAGGCAGGGUCAAAUGACAAGGUCAUCAAGACCACUUGCAUGAUUUGUGGCCACCGAUGGUCAGAGCCACGGCCACAAGCGCAGCCCACGAGGGAUGCGGCGACUUGUCCUCACAGCCGCACGGACAACAGAGGUUCCACCAAGGCCGUGCACAAGGUCUGGUGUUUGGACUGUUGUACUUUUGUUGAGGAGAUGCCGCAGGCGCUCCACAAGCAACAGGUUGAGCUAGGGAGAGCCGCGCAACAGGCACCCCUGAAGGCUCAGGACCUCACCCGUCGUACGCUUCAGGACACACCUCUUACGCAGAUGGAGGCAGGCGAGGUAAUCAAGCAUUUUGUGAAGAACAUGAAUAGAUACCUCACGAGAGUAGAGAGCACUUCCUCGCAGGAACUUCUGAGCAUGUUGAGUGACUCUGACCCCGCAGAGGCCGACAGAUAUCCACCGCACGCCUUUAUGGCGGUGGAAACGCCCGAGCCUGUGUUGGAGCAGCUCGAGGAGGUCGAUCCCCUUAGGGACGACCAUGUCUACGCCAUGCUCGAUGAAGGUUGCAACUCCACCUGUCACGGGGAGAAAUGGCGUAUAGACGCAGAAAAGAAGCUCGAGAAGCUUGGCUUCCGAGCGAAAGCUGCACCACUUACCGUGGGCACCUACCGUGGAAUCGGAGGUGCAGAGGCCACGCAGAGAUUGGUGUUUCCAAUCGCUCUGGCGAUGGAGCCGUCUCAGCUGUCUUGGAAUGGCAGCGUGGCAAGCAAUGAGAUUGGGGGGCAAGACUUUCCGCUCCUUCUCUCGUUGCAAGUGCAGCAGAAGCUAGGCCUAAGGAAGGACGUGAGAGCCGGACUAGUUCAACUAGCCGACUACCCAGGCCAAAGCUUGAGGUUGUUCAAGAACAGCCGAACCGGACUACUGAUGAUCCGAAUCGACCAGUUCGAGAAGGACUUGGCCGAAGGACAUCAGGAGUUCAGACUGGAAGAGUAUCCGAACCUGCCAAAGGUCGGACACCAGUCACCUUCAAGGACCGUUAUGGCCUUGAGGAGCGCCUCACCGGUUCAGAGAGCCUACAUGAUAGCCGAUACAAAGCCGAACAUCGUUUUGAUGUCGGCAGGAGUGUGGACGCUAGACGUAGGCGCGGAAAGUUCCAAAGUGAGUAAGGAACUCACCGACGCAGUGGACAGAAUCCACGCGAACCGAUUUUCGGUCGCACUUCCGAAGAAUCUUGAAUUGGUGAAGAGAAGUUUGAGGAAGAACUACCCGAUUAUCACAGAGGAAGUGAAAUCGGACGAUCACCUUGUGAUCUUGGAUGUAAGGGACAUCCCAGACCCGAAGAAUUACCGGGAUCAUAUCGGGACGUACCCGGAGAACCUGCACCACACCGUCUACAGCAAGACUUUUCUAUCCCUUUGGGAAGAAAUUGCAAAGCAGAUCGAUCGGAUUAUCCGACGAUCGAAAGAUGGUGACAAGAUCAUCAUCCUUUUCUUGUGCACUGGUGGAAAGCACAGGAGUGUAGCCCUGAGACACCUUGUGCAAGUCGUACUAGAGAAUGUCUAUGGCAUCUGUGCUGGAUAUUUGGACGUGUCGAGAACAGACGGGAGAGGUGAUGCCUCUACACCUUCUUCGUCCGCCCCGAAGCAGGGAGAUCAGCAACUGACUCCCGGCACGGGGGCCACGCCAAAGGCGAUGCCGAAAGACGGAGGCACGCCGGAGAGAGAAGGAAAGGCUUCGACCUCUACGGAUGUCAAGGACACCGAGAAGGACAAGAAGAAGGCGCAUGCAGCAAACGCGAGCGCGAAGAAAGGAGCCCGCAAGGCGGAGGCCGGAGACUCGUUAACGAGCUCCGAUGACGACUUGUUGGGAACCAGUGGCGUCCCAGAACACUACCACGACUUCUCCGAUUUGAUUGAGGAAGACCACCGGGACUUGGAGCGCAUCGCGUACAUUUUCAUCCACAGGAUCGUCCAGGUUUUUCAACCGGACGCCCUAACAAAGCCGGAUACGCUGAUCCGCAAGUAUUCGGACAGCUUGGUGUUGGCUAUGGGUGCGGUCGCCCGCAAGUAUCUGGACGAGAAGCAAGCUCGCCAGAUCCUCGAAGCAGUCUUACGUUUGCGUAGACUGGACAUCGAGGGUUUCAACGCAGAGUACCUCGAGAAGUCUCUUAGGGCAGCCACCGAAAUGGUUGAUGAGCUCGACGAGGCGACGCCUGACUUCGGCACCAGAGACGUGCGAGACAGCAUGCGGGGCCGCAGUCUAGGCUCAGCUGCCGCAGGAUCGAGGGAUAAUCCCCGAUCCAGGAGCGCUCGGGGGUAUGGGCGAAGCGCAACCCCAGUUAGGAAGAAGUGGCAUUGGGACGAUCGUCGAGACGUCCGGAACACGCCACGCAAGAGCCGCGAGGAGGAAGCCAGGGAGUAUCAGGAGCGUAGGGACGCGCGAGAGUCUCGCGAAAGCCAGCAGCGUCGUGUGAGGAACGACCAGGACCACGAGCGUGCGAGGUCAGACCUGCUGGGUAUGGGGAUUGAUCCGAACUUACCAAGCGAGAUCACCUCAGCUUACCUUGACCAGAUGUGGCAAGGAGACCCUCGGACUUCGAAGAAGCCGGUGCUAAUGCUGUGGGUACAGGACCCGAAGGAAAAGAAUGGGCCUGUGAGAGUGACCCUUAAAACGGGCACUUACAACACUGCCACGAAGGUCGCGCCCGAGCUGAAGAACUGGUACAAGAACACGUUCGUUCAGCGCGAGGAAGGAGGCGACUGGUCUUGGGCAGAGCGAUGGGAGUGGCCAACUCACGUUCAGGAGUUCAGCGAGAAAACGUACAGGGUAGCAAUUGUUUUGUGCGCCCAGAGAAUGAACCAUAGCUGA